CGUGCGUUCCGAAGAAGCAUUCAACUGACGGCUGAGUAAAUUAUAUGUAUUUGUAUGCAGAGCGCCACAGUCGCAACGCAUGCGAAGCCGCAACGUAGGAGAGUCGCUCUACUUUAUACUUUUGGCGCACUUAAAUCCGUCGCUGUCAGUUGUCAGCUGAUUAUUUUCAUUUGUCUUGUGCCAACAACGCGUCUGUGGUAAAAUUGUUUAAACAAAAUAUAUUAAAUUAAGAAAUGGAAAACACUUUGAUACAGGCAGUGCAAAUGCACCCUUGUCUUUUCGACAAGAGUGUUAUUAGUUACAGAAACCGGUUGGCCAAGGAGAAGGCCUGGAUGAGUGUGGCGGCUGCAACAGGUGCAAGUGGUAAGUAGAAUUUUUUAAUUUAUUACAACUUAGUAAUUCAUAUUUGUUCAAAACUUCUGGUGGAGCAGUGCCAGAGUCGCUGGAGGUCUCUUCGCGACCACUUUGUAAAAGAAAGUGGAAAAGCGCCUUCUGGAAGUGCCGCGAAGGAAAUUGGCCGAUGGUGGUAUAUGGAGGCGAUGGCGUUUCUUCAACGACACGUUGCUCCUCGACGGACGUUGGGCAAUACAAGCUUUGUUAGCAAAGAGUCAUUUCAAUCACAGGCUGAACAUGAAGUAUGUGAGUCGCAGUCACUUUUUGAUAACGAGGAUCAGACGCAAUUCGAUUCGCCCAUCGUUACCGAAUCGUCACCGCCAAUUUCUUCCUUUGAAGCCCAUUGCGUAGAAGAGCAAACCCCCAGUACGAGUAAGCAAGCAAAGCGCAAGAGUGACGAGGAUCGACUUGACAAACUGUAUGGAGCUGUAAGCGACUGGCUUCAAAAGUCCGAAUCAACCCCAAAGCCUCUAAGCCGAAACGCAGAUUUUUUAAAAGUUUUGGACAGCUACCUCUUGAAACAUUCCGAAGAAGUACAAGAUAGUCUAAAAAUUGACAUUAUAAAUUUUGUAUUUAAUAGCGGACAAAGUGCUUAACUAUAAUUAAUAUGAAUUCAGUUCCUUUUUUGAGAGUGAAAUUACUGUUAGUGAAUUUUAAUCAAAAUGAAUUUAGUUUUUUGUGUGUGCGAAAUUUAUUGC